AUGGACAAGUAUGAAAAUAUUGAAGUUGUGGGGGAGGGAAGUUACGGAAUUGUGAUAAAGUGUCGGCACCGCGAAACUGGAGAAAUUGUAGCGAUUAAAAAGUUUCUUGAAACUGAAGAGGAUGUUCAUGUGAGAAAGAUGGCUUUUAGAGAAAUUAGGAUGCUUAAAAAAUUACGACACGACAAUUUGGUAAACAUGAUUGAAGUAUUUCGUCGGCGCAAAAGAUUCUAUCUAGUCUUUGAGUACUUAGACCACACUGUUCUAGACGAGCUAGAAGUUUCAUCGAACGGAUUGGGCCCGCAAGUAUCUCGUCGCUACAUAUUCCAAGUACUGCGCGGAUUGAACUUCUGCCAUAGUAACCAUGUGAGUUUUUUGCUUCCUGCAGGCGAUGAAUGGCACGGUGGACUAUGCAGUAAACAUCAGUGGAUAGUAAACAAAAAUGGCGUAGCGUCAAAGCACCGCAAAAUGGCCGACGAGUCUGAAUUGAAAUCUCUAAAGAACCUUUUUCCUUCCUGGAGUUCGGUUUCUUUGGAUUUCUUAUCCCAAACUUUGAAAAUGGACCCCGAAACCCGGCUCAGUUGCGCGCAACUUCUGCAACACGCGCUUUUUACCCAAGAUAACUUCACGGAGAAGUUUUUAAGCGAGUUGCAGGUUAUAAUCGCGCGGGAGAAUUCAAAAAAUUUACUGCAAAAGAGGUUCGAGCGCAGGCUUACGAGCGAAGAAACUCCGCGGUCUUACGAGAGUGCUGGCAGAUGGAGAACGCACUUGAUUAAAGAAAUGGGCUGCAAGGAUGAAGACACGGAAAAAAAACAGAAACAGUCUUUGUUUAUUGGAUCUAUUUCGCUAGGAAAAUUUUACCUUAAAAAACCCGACGUACCUAAGAAAAAUUCCUCAUUACCUGCGCUACCUUACUUGCAUACUAAGAAUUUUAAAAAAGAGAAAGAAUCUAGAAAUAAAAAUUUUAGGAGCUGA